AUGCCAACUCCAGAAUCCUCAAAAUCCCCGGUGCCUUCACCCGGAUCAGCCGGUGGAGGUGGUAAUAAGGUGAGCUUGAAGAUUGAGCUCGACAACUAAAUAAAUAAUGCAUUUCCAGCUUGAUAGUCUAUCAAAAGAUGAUUUGGUAAAGUUCGCGAAAAAGCAGGUCACUCAUUUGGCGGAGAUGAAGAAGAAUCAGAGUGCUCUAAUGGAAAAGCUGGUGAGCACUUGAAAAUGAUAAUCAAACAUAAAGUUGGGUUUAGAAAACAAAAAUAACAGAAGUUGAUCAUCUGAGAAAGGAGUCGGAGAAUCUGAAACUGGUCAACGAAAAACUCACCUCUGAUGCUGCUCAUAAAGUGGAGGUCCACACCAAAUUCAUCAAAUCUUCGACAAUUGCUAAUUUUCAGAAUAACCCAACAGAGUGUACCGAAUGUAUAUCGAAAAGCGGAGUACUUUUAGAGCUCGAAAAAGAAAUAGUGGAAUGGAAAGAAAAGGCUACUCGUGCAGAUAUGUUCUCGUUAGAAUUGCGUGAUUUGGAGUCGAAGGUCGACCAAUUGAACAGAGCACUUCGUGAGAAGACCGAGGCGUUGGUUAAAGCACAGGAGGUUAUCACUGAAAACGAUUUGACUGUAAACAGCAUGAGGCAAGAUAAAUAACAAGAAAAGUAGUGAAACAGUGUUGUGUUUUAGAAAAGAAACUACCACUUCAAAGUCGUCCAUCGAUAAGUUAACAGAAGAAAAUAGCCGUCUAACGAAGGCUCUGCAAGACGAAAAAUGGAAAAGCGCUGAUUUCGAGGCUCAGCUUCGAUCCGCCAACUGCAGAAUCUCCGAGCUCUCUGACCAACAAGGAAGCGAAAAGCUGGGUCUUGCUCGAAAAUUAGCAGAAAGUGAUAGUCGUGGCAGAAUGUAUGAAAACCUCCUCAGACUGAAAAAACAACAGUUUUUCAGUCUCGAAGAAGCCGUCGAAGUCUUAAAGAGCGAAAAUGAGAGACUGGUUGCUCAGAGCGAAGAAAGUACGACGAAACUGGAAGCCGCGGAGAAAGAAUUCGCCGAGUUCAAGGUUUGAAUAUCAUUUAAAAUUUUAGUAUGCAUCCAUGCUUCAGAACAAGGCUCAUUUUGUUUUGGAGAAGCGUGGUAAGCAGGAAGAUGAAACGCGGAAAGUGGCCGAUCAGUUGGAGACUGCAAAAAGUACUAUUCUGGAAUUAGAGCAGCAGGUUGAUCAGACGAGACAAGAGCAUUUGAAAACUGUGGAAGACUUGGCAUCCUCGCGCGACAAAGUAGAAUCUCUCGAAAAGAGCCUUAAAGCAAAAAAAGUGGAGCUUGCUGAGUCGGAAAAGAAUAAUGAUACUGCGUAAGUGACGGGAUUAUUGCAGCUGAAAUCAAAUAUCGACUAUUCAGAAUGGAAGAAUUAAGAUCUAGCUCUUCGAAACUCAUUCAAAGACUCGACGAAGAGCUCCGAUUGAUGCGCUCUUCACGUGACUCCGGCGAGCAGAAAAUAAAAGAUUUGGAAAUGGCAAAAGAAAAAGUGGAUCACUUGCUGCAGAACGAACGACAGCGCAGUGAAAACGAGAACGGAAGUCUCAAGACCAAACUGACCAACGCUUCGAAACAAGUACACGCACUGGAAAAAGAGGUUGCAGAGCUGAAGGCAGAUUCAGAGAAUCGUCGCCUUCAAAGCUCACAGCAUCAGCAGCAAAAGGCAGUCGCCGCCGUCGUUCCCCAGCAAAUGCACAUUCCCGAGCAUCCGGUUCCUUCUCAACACUUCCAGAGACCGGCAGUUGCACCGUCCGAUUCAGUGUCUUGUUACGACGAAACUGCCACGCAGGUUUGAGCUAUUUACAUAUUCAUUUAGUCGGAUGCGAAGGCAAAAUACAAAUAG